AAAUUCAAGAGAAUAAAGUCAUGGUAUUAUGAGGGGAGAAAAUGACAUUUUAGCAGCAUAAAGUUGAAAUAUAGUAAGAUGAUAAACUAGCAAAACUCACAAUACAUUCACUGUAUUUGAAAAUUAGGUUGGCAAAAUUGUAGUUAGUAGUUGAAGUAUGAAGUCAACUAUGGGGAAAAAAGUGGUGAUAUUAUGAGGAAAUAAUAUGGUGUAUAUAUAUAUAUAUAUAUAUACAUACAGUAAACCUCAGAUAUAUCGGAUUCAAUUGUUCCCAUUGGUUUUGUCCGAUAUAAGCGAAAUCCGUUAUAUGCGUAUACCGGAAAAUGUCCGUUUUACGCAUAUAUCGGAUUUAUAUCCGGUAUAUGCGUAAAUCGGAUUUUAUCCGUUAUAAAAAGGCACUUCCUUGACUAUGUUUCCAAUGACUGGGCAAUGAAAAGAGACGUAAGGUAAUGAGAAUUUAACUUUAUUGGACUCUGAGCAUAACAAAUUGUUAAUUAAGCUAGGCCCUGUUACGCCCGUCAGGCCUACGUUAUUUCCAAUAGUGAGGUUAAGAUCUCAUUCACUGCUGUGCUAGUACUAUUGACGUCACUUUUAUAUUUGUCCUAAAUCUGGAGCCAGGAGAAAGACAAUAGCCAGUGACAUCAACAAGAUUAGCAUAACGAUGCGGCCAUCCGAUAUAUGCGAGGGAAAUUUAAUGGAAAUGCAUUGGAACGGGACUGGAGAUUUUGUCCGAAAUAGGCGAAAUCCGUUAUAAAAAAUCCGAUAUAUGCAAUGAAUUUUUAUUGGAAAUGCAUUACAGAAAAAUCGGUUCUUUUUUAUCUGUCCGUUGUGAGCGAAUUUCCGAUAUAUCCGAGUCCGAUAUAUCCGAGGUUUACUGUAUAUGGCAUGGUGAAAUAAACACAAAUACUUUUUGGAAGUUGGAAUAUUAGGAGAGACAAACCAAAACUAAAGUCUCUUCAUAUUUAGAGAAUAAAGUGAUGAUAUUAGCAGGAAAAGGUCUUUCUAACAGCUUCAUGUUGACAUAUUAAAGAAGAAUACUUUUAAAUGAGUUGUAAAGGUUUGGACACCCCUGGCCUCCAUAAAACUCUCAAUAACCUCAGGGCAGCUUAGCUAGCGUGUGUUCACGUGCGUCUAGCUGCUGGAUAACACUGGUGGGGGAGGGGUGUGUUGGUCGUGGCCACAGCAGGGGGUGUUGAAACAGGUCAGUGUGUGUGUGUGUGGAAUGUGUAGGGUCCGGCGGAACAGCGGCUGGCCAUGUGUUCCUGUGCAGCCUGGCCGCCUGGAGCCCACCAGCACAUCCCAGGCAGGAAAUGAGCAACACACACUCACACUCACACACACACACACACACACACACACACACUCCUCCCUCUUUUGAAAGUACUUUGGCCAAGCGUUCAGAUCAUUUGGACUUGUCUUGAUUGUGGAUCACUAUGCUGGAUUUCACGUCACGUCCAUGGACUCCCAGCAAGUGGACCCGUUCUGAACAUCCUCUUAUCCUCUUCCUGUUUCGGCAAGCAGCUGGGGGGCCGGCGAGGCUGUGAAUGCAUCACGUUGGAGCCGUCAGAAAUGAUCGUGGUGGACAACAGCGGCGAGGGUGACGACGGCUCCCUGCUAAGGGACGGUUCGCAGCGGCGCUCCCGCCGCCGCUUCAGAAGGAUCAACCCCAGGGGGGAGCGGGAACUCAUCACAGAUGGACAGGAACCGCCCGGGUACAAGCAGCUUCCUGCCGACCUCAAUAAGAUGCACCUGACAGACCACGCCCACCAGCAGGUGAUGCACGUGCCCCCCAGCCAGUCGGGCUGCAGCAUCGCCAGCGACUCGGGGAGCAGCAGCCUGUCGGACAUCUACCAGGCUACAGAGAGCGAGCUGGGUGACGUGGACCUGUCCGGUCUUCCCGAGGCCCCCGUGGACAGCGAGGAGGAAGAAGAGGAGGACGAGGACCUGGAGAGAGCCUCAGACGCGCUCCUCAGCCGGGACCUGGUCCGGGAGUGCCUGGAGAAAGACCCGGCCGACCGUAACGACGACGACAUCGAGCAACUCCUGGAGUUCAUGCACCAGCUGCCGGCCUUCGCCAACAUGACCAUGUUGGUGCGACGCGAGCUGUGCGGCGUGAUGGUGUUUGAGGUGGUGGAGCAGGCCGCCACCAUCAUUCUCCACGACAAGCAGGAGCUGGACCUCUGGUACGUCAUCUUGAACGGGGCGGUGGAGAUCAGCCACCUGGAGGGCAGAGUGGAGACUCUCUGUAUGGGCAACAGCUUUGGCAUCUCGCCCUCCCUGGACAAGCAGCACAUGAACGGAGAAGUCCGCACCAAAGGGGACGACUGCCAGUUCGUGUGCGUGGCCCAGGAGGACUACUGGCGCAUCCUCAACCACGUGGAGAAGAACACGCACAAGGUGGAGGAGGAGGGCGAGAUCGUGAUGGUGAAGGAGCACCGCGAGCUGGACCGCAGCGGCACCAGGAAGGGACACAUCGUCAUCAAGGGAACCCCCGAGCGUCUCAUCAUGCACCUGGUGGAGGAGCCAUCGGUGGUGGAUCCCACCUACAUCGAGGACUUCCUGCUCACGUACCGCACCUUCCUGUCCAGUCCCAUGCAGGUGGGCAGGAAGCUGCUGGAAUGGUUCCAGAUGGACAUCCUGAGGGACACGGUGACGCGCAUCGUGCUGCUGUGGGUCAACAACCACUUCAACGACUUCGAGGGCGACACGGCCAUGACCCGCUUCCUGGAGGACUUUGAGAAGCUGCUGGAAAGCACGAAAAUGAAAGGCCAUUUGAGGCUGCUGAACAUCGCGUGCGCGGCCAAGGCCAAGUGGCGGCAGAUCACGCUGCAGAAGGCGUCCCGGGAGGCGCCGCUCUACUUCAGCGUGCAGGGCGGCAGCGAGCGGGGCUUCGGCAUCUUCGUGGCGUCGGUGGAGGAGGGGAGCAAGGCUGCCGAGGCGGGACUCAAGCGGGGAGACCAGAUUAUGGAGAUCAACGGGCAGAACUUUGAGAACAUUUCCUUCUCCAAAGCCGUGGACAUCAUGAGGAACAACACGCACUUGUCCCUCACGGUGAAGACCAACAUCUUUGUCUUCAAGGAGCUCCUCAGCAGGAUCGUGCACGAGAAGAAGAAUGGCGGCCCGCACAUUCCCAAAAUCCAGGAAAAGAAGGGCAACCGCUUCUCUAUCCCGGACCUGCCCGGCGACAUGGAGUUCCCCACCGACCACAAGGCCACCAGGAAGAUGAAGGCCAACACCGUGUCGGGGGGGCGCAACAAGAUCAGGAAGAUGCUGGAGAAGACGCGCUUCAGUAUCCUGCCGCCCAAACCCUUCAGGGGCCUCUUUGGCGACGGAGGCUUGGGUCAGUCCCAGGACGACAGCAUCGUGGGUACCAAGCAGUGUCGCCACAGCGUGGCCAUCAUGCCCAUCCCUGGAAAUCUGUCAUCCAGCAGCCCAGACCUUCUCCAGCCGGCCUCCAGCAUCCUGGACUUCUCCAACCCUGCAGCGCUGGGACUCUACUACAUCCCGGACCAGGUGAUCCGCGUGUUCAAGGCCGACCAGCAGAGCUGCUACAUCAUCAUCAGCAAGGACACCACCGCCAAGGACGUGGUGGCCCACACCGUCCACGAGUUCGGCCUCCUGCCGGGCUCCGACACCUACUCCCUUUGCGAGGUGUCCGUCAGCCCUGAGGGCGUCAUCAAGCAGCGCCGCCUUCCCGACCAGCUCUCCAAACUGGCCGACCGCAUCCAGCUCAACGGCAGGUACUACCUGAAAAACAACAUGGAGACGGAGACGUUGUGCUCGGACGAGGAUGCUCAGGACCUGCUGCGGGAGAGUCAGAUCUCUCUGCUGCAGCUCAGCACCAUGGAGGUCGCCGCCCAGCUCUCCAUGAGGGACUUUGAGCUCUUCAGGAACAUUGAGUCCACCGAGUACGUAGACGACUUGUUCAAGCUGGACGUGUCGGCGGGGAGCGGCAAUCUCAAGCAGUUUGAGGAGGUGAUCAACCAGGAGACCUUCUGGGUGGCCACGGAGAUCCUGAAGGAGCCCAACGCCCUGAAGAGGAUGAAGACCAUCAAGCAUUUCAUCAAGAUCGCCCUGCAUUGCCGGGAGUGCAAGAACUUCAACUCCAUGUUCGCCAUCAUCAGCGGCCUGAACCUGGCCCCCGUGGCGCGGCUGCGGAGCUCGUGGGAGAAGCUGCCCAGCAAGUACGACAAGCUGUUCGGCGACCUGCAGGACGUCUUUGACCCGUCUCGGAACAUGGCCAAGUACCGCAACGUCCUGAGCGGCCAGAGCAUGCAGCCGCCCAUCAUCCCGCUCUUCCCCGUGGUCAAGAAGGACCUCACCUUUCUCCAUGAAGGCAACGACUCCACCGUGGACGGCCUGGUCAACUUCGAGAAGCUGAGGAUGAUCGCCAAGGAGAUCCGACAUGUGGUGAGGAUGACGUCGGCCAACAUGGACCCCGCCCUCAUGUUCCGACAGAGGAAGAAGAGGUGGAAGAGUUUAGGGUCUCUGAGCCAAGGCAGCACCAACUCCAACAUGCUGGACGUGCAGGGCGGCGCCCACAAGAAGCGCAUCCGCCGCAGCUCGCUGCUUAACGCCAAGAAGCUCUACGAGGACGCCCAGAUGGCCCGCAAGGUCAAGCAGUACCUGUCCAACCUGGCGGUGGAGACGGACGAGGACAAGCACCAGAUCAUGUCCCUGCAGUGCGAGCCCACCUACACCACCAUUUCCAAGAACCUGAGUGACAGGCGGUCUGCCAAGUCGGACAUGUCUCCUGUGUCCCUGCGGUCGGCGCUGCCCUCGGGGAAGACCCAGAACAGGGUUUCACAAGUCCUCCAGGUGCAGGUCCCUCUGAACCCCCUGAGGAAGAAGAGUACCGCCAAAGACGUGGGCCCCCCCAACUCCAGUUCCCCCCUGGGUGGGAAGAAGCCCCCAGUGAGCUCGGCAGACGAGUGGAGCUCCAAGAGACCUUCGGACGACACCGUCUCCACCGUCUCCUCCCUGCAUUCCAGCCCGACCGCGUCACCGCAGGGCUCGCCCCGCAAAGUGGGGGGCGUGGUCAAAGUACAGCCCACCGGCCAGAUGAACCUGUCGGGUUCCUCCUCGUCGUUGACCAGCGAGGCCAGCACCAAGGCCAGCACCGUCAGCCUGCGGAGCUACGGCAUAGGCUACGCCGUGCUGCCCCCCGGCAAAGCAGACAACUUGUCCGACUCCAGCCACAGCGAGAUCUCGUCACGCUCCAGCAUCUGCUCCGUUGACUCGGUGCCCGCUCCCGGCCACGACGAGCGCUGCAGCAACAGCCUCGGCGUCAGAACGAGCGCCGCCACCGCCGCCGUGUCUGUCGGCACCCCGACCCCCGAGAGCGUGGCGGCGAUGCACUUGAAUGUGGACUACAGCCAACCCAGCACGAGCGCUUCGUCCGCGGGGUCUCGAGGCUACGCGACGCGGGCCUCCACCUUCACGCCGUCUCUCUCCACGGAGGAGCUGACCCCCGACCUCACCUCCCUGGACUCGGUGGCCGACAGCGGGCGCGGCAGCUGGACGUCCUGCUCCUCCAACUCCCACGACUCCUUCCAGAGCCUGCUGCCGUCUUCCUGCCGCCCCUGGGACCACGGCAUCCACGGACACCCGCUGGGCCUCCUCCCCCACCUGGGUGGCUUCAAACCCACGCAGCCGGCCGGCGUCGCCAUCGAGGCGGACGCCGCCGUCCGCGCCAACGUGGACUCCGGCUCAAAUGAGCUGGCCGGCCUGUCGCGGCAGAGCUGGGCCUCGUCCGGGUCGCUGUCGGACGCCUACGAGGGGAAUUACGGGACGGUCAAAAGGAGGGCGGCGGCGGAGCAGCCCUCGUUGUCCUCGGCAACCAAUGACGAGGGAGGACAGAGCACAGACCCCGCCUACAAAACGGUGACGUCGAGCACAGACAAGGGUCUGAUAGUUUACUGCAUCACGUCCCCCGCCAAGGAUGAGCGUUACCGAGCCCCUCCUCCCACCCCUCCAGGCUACCAGGGUCUGGCUCUGGGGGACCUCAAAGACUGCGUGGUGCUGGGGGCCACGCCACAUCCCAGGCCCCCCCACCUGAGGCCGCCAGACUACAGCGUGGCCAUGCAGAGGAGUAAACUCCUGCAGAGCCCCUCGGCCGCCGGCGGCCUGGCCGUGGCCCGGAGGCUCGGCGGGACCCCCGGGGGUCGCGACCGCGCCGGCACGCCUGCCGACCACCUCCCGGCACAGGAGACCACCGACAGCGAGGAGGAUGAACACGUAUCGGCUGUGUAGACGACCUGCGAUCAUGUGACCUGCCCGGCCUGAAAGACUCGUCUUAAAGACGAUUCACGUGGAGGAAUAAAGACCUGCUUUUUUCCUCAAAACGCCGCCGUUUGAUGCUAGCUAUGUUAGCUAGCCUCCUACCUCCCGGACCUUUUGGAACAAGCCUUUAUUUGGCCAAGAUUAGACCAUAAGGCUAAAAGGUGUUGUGUUUACAGUGUUGAUUGGACGAGAGCGCUAGCCCCGCCCAUUCCUGGCUGACCCCAUUGUUUGUCAUUCCAUGUUUGUAUAUUCCCAAGAGGACAAUUUGGGAUGAUGUGGACGUGUUGGUCCGUCUGCUUCCUUAGCGUCACUCACAAGACUUGAAGCACUAAUUUAAAUAUGAUAUCAGGGCGUAUGAUAUCAGGGCGUAUGAUAUCAGGGCGUAUGAUAUCAUCAUCAUGUAUUGAUGACAGACAGGAGGUGUCUGAAAAUGAAUAUUUUUAAAUAUAAAACAAUCAGAUAAAUGUUUUUGAUUUUUGCUAGCGCCUCAUCUACCUGUCAACUUGCUGCUGUCUGUGUGUGUGCGUGUGUGUGUGUGUGCGUGCGUGCAUGUGUGUCUGUGUGUGUGUGCGUGCGUGCGUGCGUGUCUAACAGAAAAGGGAAAGCAUACAGGUUUGUUUUUUUCAGGAAUGUUGAUUGACCCGCCAACCCCCUAGUGCUCCUAGACCCCCUAGACUUGUGGAUCUUCCCUCUUAGACUUUUCCCAACUUGUGUUUGGUGUCCUGGACCUUGUGGGUCAGUCACCCUGGACGGCUCCUUAGUCACGGAGGCCUGUCGUGGACUUCCACGUUGAGCCCUGAUUACGGGUGUCCUGGAACCAUCCAUGGUCUCCUAGAUCAUUCUGCCACCAAGACCCCUGGUGGUUCCUUUUGGCCCCUAUAGUGGGAGUCCUGAGCCUGUCGGGGGUCCUCAUGGCACCUAUUAAGGCCCCCUGUCAAGGACAUGUCAGUAUGAGUCUUGUGUAGGUGUGAAAGUGUUGUACAAAGCUUGUAAAAAGCAUUUUUCUGCCCUUCCGUUGUCCCGUGAGAUGUUGUUUCAUAAGACGAGUGAAUGCCGGCAGAAAUGCACAAGAAGCUUUUUAUUAUUUUUAAUGUGGCGCCACAAAAAGUUUUCAUGACUUAAAAGUGGCGCUCGCCUGGUUGCUGUUUUUUUAUGUCUUUUACAAAGACAAACUCCAUUAGGCUUUGUAUGUAUUUAGUUUUUUUUACCAGUGAUUGUACAUAGUUGCUGUUUUUAACACGUUGUUUAAAAAAGGAAGCAAAAAGGAGAAAAAGUCUACUGAUUGAUGAAUUAGAAUUAGGAAUGAAUAAAACCGCUCAACCCUUCCUGUGUUCUAUUUGUCUCCUCAUUGUUGAUUGACGGAUUAAAGGCAACUUCCUGUCUUGGUUGAUGGCCACAACAUUAGGUACGGCUUCACCAUGUCAUGGGCGCCAAAAUGAAAGCCUUUUUAUUUGUGGAAGCACCCAAAAAUGGCAUAAAAUGCCAGUGUUUGAAUUUGGCGAUUUUUGACAAAAAACGUAAGGGGUUAGUAUGUCGUUUUUUU